CGGCGGCGGCCGGGCGGCGGCGAUGCUGUGGCCGCGGCUGGCGGCGGCGGAGUGGGCGGCCCUGGCCUGGGAGCUGCUGGGCGCCUCGGUGCUGCUCUUCGCGGUACGCUGGCUGGUGCGGCGGCUGGAGAAGCGGCCGCAGGGCCUGGCCCCGAGCGGGCCCUCAGCCCCGCUGGCUGGCGCGGCCACGACCUCGGCCCCAGGUGAAAUGACAAUGGAUGCCAUCUUGGCACGACUGAAACUUCUGAAUCCCGAUGACCUUAGAGAAGAAAUUGUGAAAGCCGGAUUGAAAUGUGGACCCAUUACCUCAACCACAAGGUUCAUUUUUGAGAAAAAAUUGGCUCAGGCUUUAUUAGAACAUGGAAGAACACUGCCUUCAUAUCCUCCUGGCCUUGACACCUCAGAUGCCACCACUCUAAGCAAGGAUGCACAAAGGGUUUUGAAGUCUGCUACUGUAGGAAGCCAGGCUGAGCAGGUUGGCUUGUCUGAAGACAGAGAUUUUGGUUAUAGCGUGGGCUUGAAUCCUCCAGAAGAAGAUGUCAUGGCAUCUAAGACCUGCUCCAUGCCCUUCAGUGCCACCUCUGGGGUCAGUGGCCACAAAGCCAUGGUGAGGGCCUCUGUGGAGCAGCCUCUGUACUAUGGGGUGUGCCCAGCAUAUGAGGACAUCCCAGCGAGAAAUGAAAGGAUUCAUGUUUAUGAGGAUAGAAAGGAUGCAUUGCAAGCUGUCAAAAUGAUCAAAGGAUCUCGAUUUAAAGGUUUUUCAACUAGAGAAGAUGCUGAGAAAUUUGCUAGAGGAAUUUGUGAUUAUUUUCCUUCUCCAAACAAAGCCUCUUUACCACUUUCUCCUGUGAAAAUAGCACCACUCAUUAGCAGUGGUGGACUGAAAGAUGGUUUGUACUUGUCUGAGUCAGAAACUGUAAACAGAGAACGUGCCAACAGUUACAAAACCCCCCGUACUCAAGAUCUCACUGCCAAACUUCGAAAAGCUGUGGAGAAGGGAGAAGACGACACCUUUUCCAAUCUCACCUGGAGUAAUCCCCGGUAUCUCAUUGGUUCAGGGGACAAUCCAACCAUCGUGCAGGAAGGAUGUAGGUACAAUGUUAUGCAUGUUGCUGCCAAAGAGAAUCAAGCUUCUAUCUGCCAGCUGACUCUGGAGACUCUGGAAAACCCUGAGUUUAUGCGGCUCAUGUACCCAGACGAUGACCCGAAUAUGCUGCAGCAGCGCAUUUGUUACAUCGUUGACCUGUACCUGAACACUCCAGACAAAGUGGGCUAUGACACGCCACUGCAUUUUGCUUGUAAGUUUGGGAAUGCAGAUGUGGUCAACGUGCUUUCUUCACACCCGUUGAUUGUAAAAAACCCAAGGAAUAAGUAUGAUAAAACUCCCGAAGAUGUCAUCUGUGAAAGAAGCAAAAAUAAGUCUUCGGAACUGAAGGAGCAGAUUAGAGAGUACUUAAAGGGCCACUACUAUGUGCCACUUCUGAGAGCUGAGGACACAUCGUCUCCGGUGAUUGGGGAGUUGUGGUCUUCAGACCAGACGACUGAGAACUCUCACAUCGGCCACAGUGGAGGUGACCCCAGAGACCCUGUUCUGACCUUGAGAGCCUUUGCAGGGCCCCUGAGCCCGUCCAAGGCAGAAGAUUUUCGCAGGCUCUGGAAAACACCACCUCGAGAGAAAGCAGGCUUCUUUCACAAUGUCAGGAAGACGGAUCCAGAAAGAGGCAUUGAGAGGGUGGGAAGGGAGCUGGCUCAUGAGCUGGGGUAUCCCUGGGUCGAGUACUGGGACUUUCUGGGUUGUUUUGUUGAUCUGUCUUCCCAGGAGGGUCUGCAAAAACUAGAAGAAUAUCUCACUCACCAGGAAGCAGGCAAAAAGGCCCAACAGGACUCAGGAGAAAAUGAAGCCUCUCAUCAGGAGAACCCCUUUGGCCAUGCUCGGAAGUGCAGCAAUUCGAUCUCUGUGAGAGCAUUUCUUGAUGAAGAUGAUGACUUGAGUUUGGAAGAGAUUAAAAAUCGGCAGAACAUGGCUCGAAAUAACACCCAGCCCACAAUUAGCACUUUUGGGGACUCGAAGUGUGACAUCCUUCCCUUGGAGCAGAAGACCAACCUUAUAGAAGCCUCCACCCUGACCAGUCCCCAUAGCAGCAAGAAUGGAUUCUUUAGCCCCCUGAGCAGCGGCAGGACCUUGGGCAGGAAGCGGCCAGAGGCCCCGAGCACAGAGGAAGCUCUCCUCUCAUCAGUCUCAGGCUUGACGGUUGACCUUGAUAAACUGAAUUUGGAAGAUCUAGGAAGUAACUUUUCUAAGACACCAAAUAAAAUUACAAAAAGUAGAGACAGGAAGAGCUUGACAUCAAGAAUGGAUGUAGUCGAGAGUGACUUGUUAGAGCCGCCUGCUGUUGACACACUUAGAAAUAACCAAAGCAGGAAAGAAAGUGAAAUGUCAGCCAAAAUAGCUAAAAUACGUCUGGGUCCUGAUGGUCCUGUGCACAAGGCUCAGCAGAGUGGUUCCGUGUCCUCAGAGCCCUCAGGGGUCCCCACCACAAAGGAGCCUGUCCAGAGGCUCUUCCUUUUUGGAGAGGAGCCAUCAAAACUGGAUCGGGAUGUUCUGGCAGCUCUGGAGUAUGCCAGCGUGGACCCUCAGCAGUACCCAGCCGUACACAGAUGGAAGAGUGCCGUCCUGUGCUACUCCCCCUCUGACAGACAGAGUUGGCCAAGUCCUGCGCUGAAAGGGAAGCUGGAGUCUCAGCAGCCGGACCUUGGCUGCCCCCACAGCUGCAGCCCAGGGAGAAGCCCCGGGAAGCCCGGGCCCACACACUCCCCGGGCCUGGGCAACGCUGGGCGCUAUAGCCCCGCAAGUGGGAGCCACCUCCGCAGGAUGGCGCGCCUGGCCCAGCUCACAGCCUUAUAGGGUGGGUGUAAGCUGCUGGGCAUCUCAUUUUACUCUUUGUUUUUAGAGAAAAAAGGGCAAUGUGUUUAUUGCUGAAAUUCUACCAAAAAGAAUAUAUUCUGAUUAAUUUAUUAGUCCUCAUUUUGAGAGUAAAAGAUUUUUAGAAAAUGCUAGUGUUUUGUAUAAAAUUUAGUUUUCUGAUGUUUUGGGAGAAGUUGAUGGAAGCAAAUCCAGAUACAGAUUUUCUGGAAACUGUCAAUGUAUAACAAUGUGGACUUAAGUUUGCAUUUGCAAGUGUAAGGCGCCAUUCCCGUUCUGUGUGUGCCAGAAGCCCGGGCGAAUGCCGGAGCUGGGGCUGCCCGGAGUUGUGCUCACUUCAAUUCCGUUCUUACAACAAAGAUGAAUUUUGUGCCAAAAUUCAUUCUUUCAUUCAUUUUUCUGGGAAGGAUCUCUGACUUCUUAGUUCCUGAUAGAAAAUCUUUGUUUUGCCAUUUGGUCCCAGUGGGUUAGACCCAUUGACAAGGUGGAUGCUCAGGAGUCAGCGAACCUCGAAGUUGACUUAUACUUGCAGCAUUUAUAGUUACGGUCGUUAUAAACAUUUAAGCUAGUGACCUGAAGAUAAAACUAGCUUUUCUCUGGGAGUCAAUCCUCCAGUCCGUGGGAGUCCUGGGAGUCCUGGGAGUAGUCCCGCAGCACUUGAGAGGCCAGCAGCCCUGAGGGACCUGCAGUUCCAGUUACUUUGUUUAGUUGCUGAGGUAGUGCCAAUAAAAUGACCUUUAAGUUCUCUAGUUUUGAAAUGUAUUGCAUAUUUCCAAAUUUACUUCCAUUGGGUUUUCUUUAUAAAAGGGUAUUGCGCUUUAGUACAGAAAAUAGCAGUUUAUCUUUGAGCCCUGAUCAUUUACCUUACUACAUUUAUUUUAGCUUCCCUUUGUCCAUGACCUUCUGGGCGGUCUGCCUGGAGCAUGGGGGUCACCUUAGAACUACUGCCACGAUUGACACCCACAUACCCGAGUUGAGAGCUGACUUCUCUUGGGUGUACGUGACUGCUCACACACUGGUGGUGCUCUGUGAACAUUUCCAGUGUUUGAUCCAAAAUGGAAAGCUCUACCAAUUUUUGCUAAAUUCAGUGCCUUUUGUAAAUCAUUUUUUAUUUUCCUGAAACUUGGUUUUUGUGAAUAUACAGUGAUACUAAGUAGGCAUGAGAUUUUUGUUUUUGUUUACAAAAAUUCUGAAUUGGAACUUGUGUUAAAAAUGUAUUUCAUGUGCUAACAAGAGACAAGUCAGUAAUAUUGGAACCAAGAUUUAGACUUUAAAAUUUGAAUGGUUGUUACACAGGGUGUUUUCAUUUGUGGAAUGAUCUAGAUAUAACACAGAAAAAUACAUUCUAUUCUAAAAGCCAAUGGCAUUCAUAAAAGUCAUCUUUGCUCUCAAAAGGAAUUAGAAUACAGAUAGUACAUUCACAGCAAUGGUCUGCUUUCUGUAAAAUUCUCUUCCAUAUGUUGUUGUAAAUAUUCCAAUGGAAAUUAAAAGUGUUCUGAGUUUUGCAGACUCAGUUCUUGUUUUCUGAAGUUAUAGGUGGUCUUCACCUGUUUGUUGCUAUAAGGUGGUUCUGGCCCCAGCGAAUGCAUCAUCAUGUGUCUUAAGGUGAUUUUGCAUUCUUUUUUUAAGCUACUUAAUGGAAUAAAUGAAUAAAACCUC